UUAGUUCGCCUGUAUUUGUGGCUGGCCAGUUCUUAUGUCGGUACCGCUUAUUAGUGGGUUUUUUUCACCUUCUGGUUCCCACAGUCAGUGUUUACUGCGUCUCUGCUUUCGUUUUGUCUCUUAAUUCUAUCGCUUCUCCUUGUCUUUCCAUUGUGUGUGCCACCUCUAAUAUAGCCGCGUCGCAGGCUUUAGCAGCGAAAGGAGAAAGACAGAGAGGGAAAAUGACUUCCGCAUGUACUAUCACAGAGGCCAUAGCGGACAUACUGGAAGAUUUGUCUGAGCAAAAUUUUGAAAAGUUUCGCCACUUGCUGCUGGACCGCAGGACUAACCCACGAAUUAAACGUGGACGUGUGGAGGGUAAGAAUUUUUUGGGUGUGACGGAAGUAAUGGUAUCAACCUUUACCGAGGACGGUGCACUCACGGUAACCGAGGAACUACUGAGGAAGAUUGGCCUUAACGCGGAAGCAAAUCAUCUAGUUGAGGAUACGAAGAAUCUGUCAGUGGGGAAAGUAUUCAGCGACGACCGGACAGUAUUCAGCGACGACAGUCAGCACUUUUUGGACAAACAUCGGAUCCAGUUGACCCAAAGAGUGACCAACAUUGAUCCAAUACUCGAUGAACUUUUAGACCAAAAUGUAAUCCAACAGGAGAGCUAUGAAAAGAUCAGAAGUAUGCCCACAUCACAGGGGAAGAUGAGGGAGCUUUACUCUUCUGCACUUAAAGCUGGUCGAACAUGCAAAGACAUCUUUUACCAAAUCCUAAAGAAGAAUGAACCAUAUCUUAUCAAGGAUCUUGAGAAAAUGUAAAAAAUACAAUUGGUGAUAACUUCAGUCCAAAUGUUGUGUGAGUUGCAUGAGUUGCUGCCACCUAGUGGCUGGAUGCUUGUUAGCAUUCAAGCAUUACACCAGUGGUACACUUAUGUCCAGCGUGCAUUUGGCACCUCACCAUUAGUUGAACUAAUUGAUUUUUAUUCAGUAAUAAAGAACUUUUGUAUUGUUUAACAAGCAAAACAUUUGGUUAAAUAAAGAGCUUUCAAAGCACAUCUAGUGUAACUCUACA